UGUGAUGUGUCUGACCUGUAGCCGCUGCGUGUGAAAGAAACCAAGAAAAACUGUGUUUGAUGUUCAUUAACACUUACUGACGACAAAGAGACUGCUGAAAUGAAGGAGGAAUUACCUGGAACUGAGAUGUUUCCUACAGACGACGUAACAGACGCAGACAGACAGAGAGCCAUGUUAGCUGUGUGUCACUCAUUCAGGGGCAGAUAGGGAUUCUUAAAUCAUUUUGUUGGUUCACGCACCUCGAUCGCAGGGUUUCAGCUGCAGUUGGUUUGAUUUUGUGACUCCGCAUCCCAUGUCACGUCAGUCAGCUAUAAGCACACCUAUGAAUUCAUUCAUUUUUCUUAUUCUGUUAAUCUGAAUUUCUCUUUUAAACAAUUAUAUAUAAUUCCCUUCAUGUCAAAGAAAAGCAGAAAAAAGGUGAGAUUGAUUCAUUGUUAAAGAUGUUUUGUGCAGAGUAGUUUAGCUCUAAUUCUACAGAAGACCUCACACUCACCCACUGAGGGUUUGUCAGAAUCCCUUCAUGACAGCAGAAGCGAUGAAGAAGUGUGACUAACUUCACUCUCAAUGAACAGAUGGUGAGAUAUGGAGCUGAUCCUCGUGACCGCUUCAUCAAAACAACACUCUGGGGCUGGAUUAGGGUUAAUACUGCGGCUCGGCUCCAACCCAGAAUAGACGGAUAAAGAGCUGCUAAAGGCCUCCGUGUGUUUGAGCCUGACGCUGUUUAGAGCCGACGUCCAACUCACAGAGCGAUGAACGCAUGAACGUGUCUUUUAAUGUCUUUAGUAUAAUAACAAUUGAAUUCUAGCAGAUCUGUUCUGAGCUAUCUAUUCAAGCCACGAGUGUCAAUCUACUGUGAUGGGACUGAAUUAAUGUGGCACAUUAUAAGCACAUCUUCAAAUCAGGGGUUAAAAGCAUACAGGGUUCGACUAAUAGGUGAAUAAAGUUAGGGUUACACCAGAACACAGCACUGAAUGAAAUGUUUUAGAAGUUGUCCUCAAAUGGCACAGUUCCUCAGGAUGGCAGAUAAACGGUUGUUUCUUUCUUUAGAUAGCUGUUCACACGCGAGUGUUGGAAUUCCUCCUGAGGCAAGGAAUUAGAGAGCGACGGACUCAAGGACAAACACGGUUCAUCUCGGGUCAGAAGAGAAACUACAGAUGCUACAACAAUGUCCAGCUUUGUAUUUCUCAUGAGAAAUGACGUGCAGAGUCAAAAAAUCAGAAAAUGUGCUUCUCGUGUUUAAGCACUGACUGAUUAGUAAUCAAUAACCCUAGUCCUGAAUAUGCUCUUGCGGUCCUCGAGUUAUUUUAGGCAAUUGCAAAGAGUUGGGAAACCACUGGAAUCCCACCACUGACCUCCAAACACACAUAACAUUAACAACACACAGAUAUAAAAAACUUAGCAGAUCGUUUCACCUUUGGCUUAAAUAUCCAGUUACUGCAUGUAUAAAUGAAUUUGCUUCUUUCUGCCUUGGGCAUUAAAUAAUGUCUUUUAGAGAGUAAUAAGUCAAAGAAUGAGUAACAUAUUUGAAAAUGAACUCCACUUUUCUUGAAAUAUGGACCUGAUUCAGGGUUUUCUGUGGCUUACCAAUGGCCUCACUUUGUGUAGUUAGUGUAUUAAUAUUCUUAUGAGUGGCAUUUUUGUAGCCAAAAAGGAAUAUGUAAUUUGAAAACUGUUCUUAGGUGACAAACCAAACAGAGUUCAGCUUCCAGUAGAUGAUAAUGGUCACUUCUUCUGGGAACGAGUCACAUAUCGCACAGAUGCAGGCCAUUUCGUGAAUGGCUUCUUUAUUUUUUUCCACUGCUGUUUUUUCCGAUCUUUUUCAUAUAUUUCAUCUGUCCUCCCGCAGGAUGGAGCUUAUCAUCUUUGUUAGUGUGUAACCGUGUGAUAUUGUUUUUCUCAGUUCCACCUUUAUUCUCCACCUCCUUUUCAACACCGUCCCUUUGCUCGACGUGAAAACAGUGUAAAGUAUUCCAAGGCCAAGCUCGGCCAGAGUAGAUAAAUCCCUGCUUUCCCAGGCUGCCUCAAACAACAUCCAUCCAUUCCUCUCAUCAUGCGUCUGCUGUUGUGUGUCGUCGCUGUUCUGUUCGGCAGUCCUCUCGGAGAGACGUUUGUUGUUCUCCAUCCUUCACAUGAGGCAUCUGCUGUCAAAGUCUACAGAUGCAAGGGAGAACUGGAAAUCAGGAAAAUCCUCCUGGAAUCACUAAACCUCCAACAGGAGCCUCACGUGUCCAUGUCCGUGUCGAAGAUGCAUCAUCUGCGUGAGCAGUGGAAAGACAGAUUCAGAAGCAGCCUGCCAUCCUCACCAGGUAACUCAACGUUCCUCCAGGACUCCGGAAACUCCAGCUGUUGCAAACAGUUCUGUCAGGUCUUCAUUAAAGAUUUGGGCUGGGAACAGUGGGUGGUUUAUCCAGAAAGCAUCACCUUUGUCCAGUGCCGAUCCUGCUCUUCUGAGAGCGCAGACGCACCUGAACAGUGCUGCAAGCCAAAAGCUCAUGACAUCGUCCCGAUCCUCUACAUGGACAACUGGAGCAGUUUGGUUCUGUCCUCGCUGAGUCUGAUCCGUGAGUGCGCCUGCGACCCUGGACAGCACACGCAGGACCCAGAGGUCAUGAUGCCGUUCUAGAUAGCCUUCCUGACCCACGGGUCAUGUGACAGAGAGCCACAGAAAUGCAGUAGAAAAGCACCGCUUUUGGGAUUUGUAGGUUUAUAGCUAGGCAAACAUAUUUAGCAUCUUUUGACUUUUGCUGCUGUUGGGAGUCAGACUCUCAGACUCUUGUGGGCUGUAAGAGUGGACUCAUAUAAAGUUCUCAGAAAAGCCUAAAAGGUUCCUAAUCUAAGCUUGUUUUUUGACUUUAACAGAAAUGGACAAUGGACCUUCUGUUAUAAAUCAGUUCAAGGCCAAAUCUGUUUUUAACUUCAGGCUUUUAUGGGGCUGUGGCUGCAGCGGCCAGCGAAUGUUCCCUGAAAAAAUGCGAUGGAGCAACUCUGCCAAACCUUUCACUGAGCGAGUCUGACGACCAAACUGUGUUGCAUCCACAAUUACCUUCCUUUAAUUCGAAUUCUAAAGUCGGUUAUUCAUCAAACGAGGUGUCAGGCGUGUUCGUUAGCGAUAACAAAACUGCAUGUCAAGAAACAAAAUUUUUGUAGACAAGAAUUUAACACACAUUCCAGCAAGAACGUUUCGACUGCAUGUUUGCAAAAACCAUCUGGCCAUAAAUCAGCAUAAUUUCAAAAUCAAUGUGGGAACAGUUUCAACCUGGCAUUAUAUAUAUUUGAAUGUUGCGUAACUUGACUUCCAUGUUGUAGGCUACACACCGUUGUAUUAGAAAAUAUCAAAACCGUUAAAUGUAAUCCAGGAAUGAGAAACUAACUUUCACAUGCAUGUUUAGCUAGCAUUAAACAGGAUUUACGCUUGUAUCAGCAGAAUGUUUUAUUAAAGAAAGCUUUCAUGGCAUAAAGAUGUGAUGUCCUUACUUCCCU